AUGGAAUCAUUUAAAAAUACAUUACGUACUAAAUGGACGAAACACAUUACAGCUAGAAGGAUUAGAGGUCUAUGGAGUGACUAUCAGAGAUCUUCAGAGGCAAAGGAUCCAAUCAUGAAACAAAAAUUAAAUAUCUUUUUAGACUCUUUUCAAGAUGGAUACAAAGAAUUGAUGGAUUCAACAGCAGGUCAAAUCAAACCAAUCGAUUUGGAUAAAAUAUAUGGUGAUUGUUCUGAUAUUCUAGUAUCUCUAUUAGAGUUGGUUGAAAAAGAAUCAUCAAACGACAAUAACAACAAUACCAAUAAUAAUAAUAAUAAUAGUAAUAAUAAUGUUAUAGAUGGGAUAUUAAUAAACAAAUCACUUGGAGUAAUAGAAUUAAUUUUACAUGACGAAAAAUAUAAAGUAGUUGUUAAAGAUACAAUUGGAUUAGUUGCUAAAAUAUUGGGAUUAUUGGAUACUGUUGAAUCGGUUGAUAGCAAGAAACUAGUACUUCGAAUUAUCAGUUCGAUUGGUGAAAAUACAGAGAUUAAAUUAGAGAUUGGUAGAUUACAAGGUUUCAAGAAACUCCUUUCCCUCAUGAACUCUGAACGUGAAUUGACACUCGAUGUACUACGUACAACCAAACAAUUCUUGGAUCUUAAACAAUUGGUAAAUGAUGAGGAACUUUUAAUUAAUAUGAAGAAAUCUUCUUCAAUGUCUUCUAUUAGUGAAUUUGCAAGACAUAAAAUUGGUACAGCUGUUAGUGAAGGAUUUAAAGUGAUUGUUGGAGAAUUCCAAAAGGUAUUUUCACCAAAUGAUAUGAUUCCUCGGAAAAUGUCAAUGGAAAAGGCAAUCAUGAUGGGUGGAACGGAUAUGUUGGGUGCGAUGGACGGAUCGUUCAUUCCAAGUUAUGAUAUCCUCGAGUUGGAGUGGACGACAAUGUCUGCUAUGGCUGCCGAAGGAGGUCGAGGUUUAGAUCAAGACAUUGAUUUACAAACUCAAUUACAAAGAUUACAACAACAAUUACAAAAACAACAACUACAACAGCAACAGCAACAACAACAACAAUCAUCACAAUCACAACAAUCUGUACAACAACAACAACAACAACAAUCGCAAUCACUUACCAGUAGUAAUAAUAAUAACGCAUCAUCAACUGGAGAACAACAAACACUUUCAACAUCAUCAUCUUCUUCAACGGGAAGUAUGUCAUUGUCAGCAUCAUCAUUACCAGUAUUCAAUGAAGAUGAAAUAUUAAAAGAGUUUAUGAGAACACAAGAAGCACUAAGCUCGCUUCUCACAGGUCUCAAGGAAGCCAGUCGACAAGAUUCUACGACACCUCUUGUACAGUUGGAUAUUCUCGAAACCAUAUGCAAGCUACUAUACAAUAGCAAAAAGAAUCAGGUAGAGUUUGCAAAGUUGGAUGGAUACCAGACACUCUUUACACUCUUUGACAAUAGUCAGUGUGGUGCCAUCAAGGAUUUUUCAUCGGCCGAAGGAAAGGAUUUCCUCGAAGAUAUAUUUGGAUUGAUCUUUAUCAUGGUUUUAGAUGGUAGCAAGAAUAGACGUAUCAACAAUCCAGAUGCCCUUCAAUUUUUAUUUAAUAUUUUAGAAGACAACAACAAUAAUAAUAGUAACAAUAAUUCACCAACUACUCAGAAUAGUAGUAGUAUUAAUUCAUCAUUAAUUGAAGUUAAAUUACAAGCUCUAACUUGUAUACAAGAUUUAAUAUCAGUCAAUCCUUUAAAUAUUGUAAAUAUUAAAUAUGUUGGAGGUAUUGAAAAAUUAUUUAAUUUAUUAUUAGAUAUUUUUAAGGAUAAAUCAAAAGAAGAAGAAUUUUUAUCAAGUGAAAAGAAUUCAACCAAAUUAUUAUUGGCAACUAGUGAAUUAAUAUUAUAUCUUGGUGUAUUAUUUAGUAAAUACAAUUGUGAUGUAUUCAAAAAAUACAUUUCAUUAUUGUCAAGUAAACCUCCGCUCUAUAAUACUUUACAAUCUUUAAUAGUUCAAUCUUCAAUCACUUUAUUAUCUGAUAUUGUUUAUCACAAGACAUCAAUUGAUAAUAAUAUGAUACCAAUAUUUAUGAAAAUAAUAGAAAAUUAUCAAGAUCAAUUAUAUGAUACCAUUCAUUUAAUUAAAAGUAGUAAUAUAAAUAGUGAUGAAGAUAUUGAAAAUGAUCAUUCACCAAUACAAGGCGGUAGCAAUACUGCUGCUGCCACUUCUACUUUUACAAAUGAUGAUCAUGAAAUGGAAGUUGAAAUGUCUCAAGAAAAAGUAAACUAUAUGAUUAAAAAUCAAGAUUUAUAUGAAAAGAAAUCUUCAAUUGUUGAUAGAAUACUUUUAAUGUUGGAAUUGACAAUAAUGUAUAUAAAAUAUUGUGAAGGAUCAUUAAAAGAAUUUAUAUCAAAUCAAGAAUAUAUUAAAAUAUUUGUAUCACUUGCAAAGAUUGAAUUUGAUCAAGAGACUAGUGAAAUAUCGGAUUUAUGUUUUUGGAUGAUCAACAAGAUUGUGGAAUUGGAACCAGCACCACAUGCAACCGUUGGUAUGUUGGUGAGUCUGUUGGAUGAUGCAUCAUUGUCAAAUAGUCGUCGUGAAAAACUGUGCUAUGCCAUUGCCGACAUGAUGCAUUACUAUAAUGGUGACCAACAACUCUUGGCAACCAACCUGCAAGGAGACGAUGAAGAGUCGCGGUUGUUGCGGUCAUUGAUCAACCGCAACUUAUUGAAAAUUAAGUUCCAAGAGUAUGGUGGAUUAAACUCAUUGAUCAAUAUUGUUAGGAGUGGAGGACAACAUGCUGAAGACUUGAUGAAAGGGUCAAUGCAGUCUGCGUCUUCGGCGUCAUUGUCGUCUUCGACAUUGUCACCGACACUACUCGUGUACUCAGCGUUGGUUGCAUUGUGCGAGGUGUGUUACAACUGCGAGGAGAAUCGGUCGAUUGUCGACAUGAUGGGAUUCAUGAAGAUAUCGAGUCUGAUCAAGAGCUCGCAUAUUGUUGUCGACGAAUACUUGUUCCAGCUGUUUGCAGAGCUGGCCAUGAACAACAAUGUGUUGAUUCGUGCACAACGCGACUAUCUGCAAAACACAUUCUCGGGACGUGUCAUGUCGGUCAUCUCCAAUAUUGAAGAUCCUCAACCACAGUUUACCUGCAUCCUACCACACUCGAAGCGUCAAGUCGACGUUGUCUCGUACAAGUCAACCGAUGUCGUCAAACGAUCCGUCCACAACAACACCAUGACCACCACCACCACCACCACGACAACCACCACCAUCAUCACUGAAACAAAUGGUGGGUUGUAUGGCGAUGAAAUCAAUCUUGGUGAUGAUAACAUUGACUUUAAUAAUACUCAUAGUCCACAACAUCAACGUAAAAUUAGUAAUGGUCAAAUUCCAACUAUCAAUCAACCACCAAAAUCAAAUCAAAUUAAAUCAAAUAUGAAUCAAGGUCAUCACAAUCAUCAACAUAGUCAUCAUAGUCAUCAAAACAAACAAACAUCAACUUUAAAACCAACAUCAUCAUAUAAACCAACAAAUAAUAUUAAUAAUAAUAAUAAUAAUAAUUUCCAACAACAAGGUACAGGAAUAAUUAGAGUACCAAGUUUUAGAAAUUUAUUUAAUGGAACUAGAAGAAAUAGUAUUGGAUCAUGGGCAGGUUCAUUUGAUGAUAUGUAUGGUAUUUAUCAACAACAAUAUCCUUCCAACAACAAUAACAACGAAUAUAAUAAUAAUAAUUAUAUUGAAACGAUUAGCGAUACAAUGAGUAAUGCUAGUAGUGGAAGUGGAACUGGUGGAAGAAGAUUUAUGAAUAGUAGUAACAACUCUGCUUCUCAUAUGAAUCUACUACCAUCGAUUGCCAUUGAUGACAAGGAAACCAUCUAUUCGUAUACUGUACUUGGUAGAACACGUAUUCGUUCACCAGAAGCAGCUCUCAUGCUGAUUGACUUGCUCCCACAAUCACCAGCAAUGAUUCAACAACACAAUCUCGUCUUGUUGAUGAAGAUCCUAGAAUCGAAUCCACAAAACAAAAAGAUGAUGUGUGCAGCACAAGGAUUGAAAUUCCUACUCUACCUGUCACACCAGUCACCAGAGGAAACGCAAUCCUACUAUAGUCGACUGAUCGUCAUUCUCGGUCUCUACGAUAUCUCACCGUCCGAAGUUCGAUUGUUGUUUGAUUUGGCUUGUUUCCCAUCAUUUGAAUCUCAUCCACAAUUGGAAUCAUUUGAUCGUGAACAACAACAACCUCAACAACAACAACAACAACAAUUGACAUCAUCCAAAUCAAGAAAACAAGAGUUACAAAUGCAGGUGUUGUAUGUAAUUGGUACGUUGACCGAAAGAAAGACACCUCCACUCUACUUUAACUUUGAUGGGUUUGACAGUUCAAUCAAGAUUGGUCAAAUUGACAAGUUCCCAUCGAUUCGUACUGGAUACACCUUUUCGUGUUGGAUCAAGACCAACUACUUUAUGAGUGAAGAGUUUGGACUGUUUUCGUGGCAAGAUAUGAGCGAUAAUAGCAUCUUUGAGGUGUAUUUCAAGUCACUGGGAAGAACCAGUGCCGGUGCACCGGUUGGCGACCAAAACAAGCGUACAUUGUGCAUGCAAGCACGAAACUAUCCGUCACCACCCGAGACAUUUUGUUUUGACAAGUUUGCAUUCUCAGAGUGUGGCAGUUGGCAUCACAUUGUAUUGACACAGAGCAAGACCAAGAUAUCUCUGUUUGUCGACGGCAAGUUUGUGCAACACCACUCUACCAACAACUACCCACGUGUCAUUACCAAGGACAAGCCUAUCCAAGGAUGUAUUGGUAAACGUCUCUACACGCCAUCAAGUGCCAACAACUCUGCAUCGAAUCUAUCGCAAUUGUUGCACACUGGCAAUGGCAGUACACCAACCUCUGCACACAGCUCCUUUAACAAUCUACCAUCAUUGCACGAGCUUGAAGAAUUACAGUUACAACAACAGACUCUUGGCUACUUUUGUGGUCAAAUGGGUACGAUUCACUUUUUCGAAGGUAUUUGGGAAGCACCUUCAUGCCACAAGGUGUACAGUCGUGGUAAUCUUUACAACAAUUCGUACAAGGCCAUUGGUAUUGAAAACAAGGAAUUCUUGGUCAUCAAACCACAAGCAUCUCCAAAUGGUUAUAUCGAACCUUUAUUAAAUGCAGCUGCCGCAUUGUCAAUGUCUGGUGAAAUCACCAAUCCCAACACUGUCGUAUCAGUAUUAAAGGAAUCAAUUGGUAAUUUACCUUCUCCUCCAACAAAUAAUAAUAUUAUUGUUCCACCACCUACUGGACCAUCAUCGACCUCCUCCUCUAAUAAUAAUAAUGUUAUAUCUUCACCUCCAUCAUCACCAACAAUGCCAAGAAAUUCAUCAUUUGGUAAAGAUCAAUUAAAUCCAAUCGUCCCACCAACAUUAUUGGAACAUAAUAAUAAUAAUAUUGUACAACCAACUUUAUUAUCAAAUUCAACAGAUACAUUUAGUGAUACAUCUAAAAAAUCAUCAUCUUUAAUCUCACCAAAAGAUAAUAAUAUUAAUAGCAAUACUCCUACAUCUACUACUUCUACCAUUUCUUCUACUAUUUCUUCUUCAACUUCAAAUAUAUUAACAACUUCAACAAUGAUACCAAUUGAAACACAAGGAGCAAAUGUAGAAUUCAAGGGAGGAGUAAAUGUUCAUCAAACUAGAUGUUUAAAGGAUGUGAUUAAAGAGGUUGGUGGUAUUCAUUUAUGUUUCCCAUUGUUGGAUAUGGCGCCAGCUCAACAAGUAGCAGGUCUGCGUAUUCUAGCCGGUCUCUUGCACAAGAGUGAGACCAAUAAGGCACAGUUCCGUGAACUCUUUGGAUUCAGUAUUCUCUACCACCUUUUACUUCGUUUCUCAUCGUCUUCGUCGUCUAUCAUCUAUGGAGGCAAUACCGAAUUGUCAAUGGAGACAUUUGAAAUUCUUUUUGAUCUCUUGAUGGAUGGAAUGAACAAUCAGAGCGACACCAAGCAACUGUGGAGUCACGACUGUAUGAUCCUCAUACUCGAUCUCAUCACGAGUAGUUGUCAAUCUGAAGAACUCCAACUACACGUUUUGAAAUACUUUAACACGUUUUUGUCAUCAUCUUCUGCUGGAGGCAGUGACACUCUCAAAUUAUGGAUUACCAACCCAUACGCAACCUCGUAUAGUCAGGAUAUUCAAGCACAGGAUCCAACUGCUACAGUCGCACCACCACCCGCCGUCUCCAAGAUCAACUAUCUUUUGGCAUUGUCAUUGUCAAUGGAGGGAGACUGCACAUUCCUCCUAAACAUUGUCAAAAAGAUACUUCCACACCUCACCCCCGUCGAUCUAGAGUCUAUCUUUAAAUACCUCGUUUACAACAAGGAUGGCACAUACGAACGCAUUGCUGUAAAGUCUAGAUUGUUUGAAAUCAUCUAUGAGGAGAUGCGCAAGUGUCCCUCCCUUCUCGAGAAUCUCCGAUCGCUUGGUGGAUUCAAUAUUGUCUUUUCAAUGCUCGAGUUGCCCUCUGAUGAAAUCCGUGUGACGGUCAUUAAGCUCAUUGGACUGUUGAUGCAUUCAAACACAAAGGCAGCAUCUUUGUUUAGAAGAAAUAGUGGGUUUGAACUAUUAGCAACACUCUUGUCUCGUAGCAACCCACCAUCAGUGGUUGUUUGCAAAGCAUUGCUCACCUUGAUGGUCGAUGGUUAUAAAUUCGAUCCAAAAUGUAUCAUGGAAACUAAACAACGUUCAAGUAGUUGGAUAUCAUUGGAUUUCUUUACCAGAGACAAGUCAUAUGACUCGUUAUCAUCUCUUACAUCACCAUUAAAUGAUGGUGAUGAAGAUGAAAAGGAUAAAGAAAAAGAAAAGGAAAAGGAAAAAGAAAAAGAAAAAGAAAAGGAUAAAUCAAUUGGUAGUAGUAGUAGUAGUCAUAGUAGUAGUUCAACCUCUACAACAAAUAAUAAUAAUAGUACUUCUACACAACAACAACAACAACCACAACAUCCACAUGAUGAUAAAACAAUUGUAUAUCCAGAAGCAUUACAUACAUUGUUUUUAAUGUUGUCAUGUUUUGAUUUUGAAUCUAUUCAAAACCGAAACCAUCAUCACCAUGUCGAAUACCAGUGUCUUAAUGAAGUUGAAAAACUACUCGACUCUAGUAUGAAUAUGGAAAUACUUUGGAAUCAACCUUGGUUCGAAUGGCUCUACCAAUUUAUUGAACAACAAGGUUACCAUCAUUCAUCAAAAGAUAAUCUAGUCUAUCAACAAGCUCUUUCAUUAUGUAAAAAAAUGGUCAUCCAUGAUGUAAACAAAAAAACUUCAAAAAUUAUUAAAGUUAAAGAAGUUUGUAUUGAUUUUGAAGAAUUUUAUGUUCAUAUUGUUGAUUCAAUUUUGGAUUAUUUUGAAAAAGAUUAUGUGUUACCACAAAAUGAAUCAUCAGAUAUUAUCAAGAAUCUUGUCAUUUAUUUCAAAUCGUUGGAUGAUAUUGCAGUUCCACCAGAUACAUCAAUGAGAAUGUUAAAUACUAUCAACCAAUUAGCAGUUUACAACACAUCAACCAUUCGUUCAACCAUGAAAUCAAAUGGUCUAUUUGAUAUUAGAGAUACUUUAAUUAUUCAAUUAUUAAGAUGUGAUAUUAAAAAAUUAAUUAUACAAUUUGAAUUUGAUUUUGAAUGUGUAGUUGAUCAAAGAGCAUUUAGAGAAUCAAAUAAUGGAUUAUUAUAUUUAUUAUACUUUUUCCAUUUGUCGGUCAACGAUGCUCAAUUACAAUUCAUUAUCUAUGGUAUCUUAAAGAAUGUUUUUGGGUCAAGUGACGAGAAUAGAAAGAUUAUUUCAAAUAUACUCGAGGAUAAUAAUGUGGUUCAAAUGUUUUUCGAUCCCAACAUUCAAAACGGUGAUGAAUUUAUCGAAUGGUAUUACCGCGAGGAAAUGACACCAAAGCGUAUCGAAAUUGAAACGAGAAUUGGAAAGUUGAUGGCACCCGUCGAAACCAAAUACAACAGUCAACAAGAAAAAUUGGUCAAACUCAAGGAAAAGAGAAUCAAGCAGAGAAAGGAUAAAAACAUCAAGCAACAUUCCACCAUCACUAAACUAGUUCAAGAGACCGAGGAAAAGAGAAAGAACCGUGCCUCUAAAAUGAUGGUAGAAUACACUACAAUGUCCAAACUCAUACCCAUUCAUUCUAAAGAACGUUUAAACCUUGGUAAAGAACGUUGGGAUUUUUUCAAACAAAAGUUAUGGGAUUCUGUAUUAUGGAUUGCUAAUAGUUCAACUACAACUAAUAAUAAUAAUAAUAAUUCAACUCUAAAUACUCAUAAUAAUAAUCAUAAUAAUUUAAAUACUAACCAACAAUUACCAAUUCCACCAACUUCAACAAAUCUUUAA